UCUUCAACCGUAAAGGGAAAAAUUUCCUCUCUCAGAACUGGAGCUUCAGUGAAGAACGAGCAAGCAGGCAGGUUCUCCCCCACUGCAGCCUGUGUCAGGCUGCUCUCAUGAUCCACUCUAAGGAUUCUUCUGCCUUUAAAUCUGAACUUACAGCACAUCCCUGAAGCAGGUAGGAGCCUGAAAUUACCACUAUGGAACUGGAUCUCAGCUAUGUAGAAACUCGCCUCCACUGACCUGGCAUAUGAGAGCAGAAUUUACCUUUCAUAGUGUGGUACAGAAAUCUGUGGCUAUUAUUUGUACUUACAAAUUUUCCUUGACAUAUUCUGAGGCACCUGUUGUUGUUCUUUAAAUGUUCUAUUGUCUCUGUUUGCUUGAGGGACCUUUUAUAAAUCUUUAUUUGCAGGCAUUGUUAAAUUUAUAUUUUCUCACUCUCUUGUAUAAUUGUAUUAUUGCACAUUAUUUUGCACACUGCACUUUUGGAUGAGUUGUUUGUAAUACAGGAAUAAACUAUACCAGUUUAAGGCACCUUUAUGCCAAACUAAGUGUGUCUACACUAAGGAGGGGACAGGAAUGUACCACUUUAAAGUGUAAUGGUAUAAAGCAGUACAACUUAUGUAGACAAGGCUCUAGAAUGUGGUUUCACUGAUUUACAUGAUAUAACCAGAGUCCCACCGACUUACAAACUUUGCCAACUGACUACAGGAGCAGGGCAUGUAAUUAUUUUUACUCACUAAGCAAAGCAGCAUUAAGCAGGCUCUCAAGAGCCCUCUCUUAAUGUGGAACUAGGUAAGGUACUGUCCAGACAAGUGCAUUACUGGGGAGAAGAUAGAGUAAACAGACCUUUGUAAAGGUGAAGAGGUGGAAUUCAGACCACACUGUAACAGAUUUAAUGCAGUAGUUAAAAUUGUAAUUAUAAUUCUGCCAGCCUUAUGUUGGCUGCUCUGUGGUGUAUCUGAAAUCUAGCUGUUAGAAUAGUUUCAGUCCAGCGUUCAAGAGAAAUACUAUCACAAAUGGCCCCUUGAGGGCCAUCUCAGCAAACAUACCCAGGACUCAGUGGCCAAAAGCCUAAGCUAUCUGUUCAUCCCUGCAGUUGAUCCCUCCAGUGUGAAGCUUGGACAGCCACUGCCCCAUGGAGGAACAGAGCCCUCAAUCUGGCACCUUUUACCACCUUCACAAGAAAAAAGUAGGAUGGAGGGGGGCAGAGGAGGGAAUGGCUACUGGCCCUGGUUUAUGAAUAAGAGUGUCUCACAUUAUUAGGUUUAUUUUUCCACCCCUUUCAUACUGGGGACUGAAAGGCAGAGCUAGAUGCCAAACCCAGGUUUGUUUAAAUUCAGUAAAUAGCUUAAACACAUAAAUGGUUCCCUCACACCCCCCAAAAAGUGAGUGAACAGUAUAGAAACAAAUCAUUAAGCUAUUUGUUAUGGUUUUUUCCCCCUUUAGAUCAGUUUCUGAGCAAGAGGAUAAACUUCUUCUACAAGAAAAUGGACUACAAAACGCUACCUUUGGCUGAAUGGAACGAGUCUCAUGUUAGAUGCUGGCUAGAAUCUAUUGGAAUUAAGAAAGAAUAUGUAGAAAAGCUCUGUGAAGAGGAAGUGACUGGCCCAGUGCUCAAAGAAUUAGAUGAACCUUUCCUCAAAAGCAUGGGUAUGAAAGGAGGCCAAAUCCACAUAAUAACACGGAAAAGAAAUGAACUUUUGGAACAUUUGCAGAAAAAUGCAGGGGUAGACUCAGCCCAAGCAGAUAAUCCCAGCAUUAAGGCUUCAGAAGUGUUGGGUUCUGAUAUCACUACCAAUGAUGAUAAAAAGAGAGUAAAAAACAGGAAUUCAGCUGUGUUUACCAAGGCUAAUGCACCAACUGAAGAGACAGACAGUGAUUUAAAGGCCCUCAGCAUCAAACAGCCCAAAAGUUUUCAUGUAACAUCUUACCAGACGGGAUCUGCAGAAACAGACAACUCUGGGGCAGUAGAAGAGACUGGUAAGGAGCACACAGAAAAAACAAUGUCUACUUUUUGCAGGAGAGGAAGUAGAAAAAGUCAUUCCUUACAUGAAAAUACAGUUGAAUCAUUAACUCUGAGCAAAUUCAGGCAAUUUAAAAAUGAAGACAUUAAUUUUAAAUAUGUAAAAAACAGCAUUCUUGCUCCAGAAACUGGAGUCAUAGAUUUGAUCACCCCUUGCCAUGAAUACAAAUCUUUUACAACUGCUGCAAAGCUGGACAGGCAACGACUGCAAGCAAAGUUUGCCUAUGAAGUGAUUAGAUAUGCCUCAGCCUGCAUGAAUGUUCGAACAAAUGGCACGAUACACUUUGGUGUAAUGGACAGUGUUGAAGACAAGGGCUGGAAACACGGACAGAUAGCUGGCAUACCAGUAAGAGACAGAGACAUCUAUGUAGAUGCAUUAGAUUACAUUGAAAAAUGUUUUGAACCAUCUGAACAAGAAGCUGCAAGAAAUUGCAUUCACCCUCCUAUUUUUACUGAAGUGAUUCAGAAAGACUCUCAAGACCAAUGCUUUGUGGUAGAGGUUGACAUUGAACCAUCAUCCAGUACAGUGAAGGGGAAGAUCUUUCAAGUACGCUUACCUAGAUUUAACGAACAGAGUAAUAAGGUGAACUUCGACAGAACUCCAGUUCUCUAUCAAAGAGUGGGAACAAAGUCUGAGCCUGUAAAGAAUGAAGAACUAGUGGCUUUUAUUCAGGGUUUACAAGAGAAGGAUGUCAGAAGGGAAAAGGCUGAGUCCUCCAGUAGUGAGGACCCUAUGGAAAUUUCUGAAAAUUUAGGGCGGAAGUUAUCAGUCCUAUUCACUGAUGGCAAGAACUAUAUGAAUGAUUCUCUAUUGUACAUUCUUGUCACAAAUAGCUGUGGAAAAGAAGAUCUGAAAUCUGUCAAAUUUUUAAUGCGCAUGAAUAUUUUCUGUGUGUUUGAUUUUGAUGAGGAUUCCAAUGUGUCAGGUUUAUAUGCCAAGUACAAAGAGCAUCAUGAAACAAGGUCACAUUUCUUGCAAAAUUAUGCCAAUGAAAGCAAGAUGAGCACCACUGAAUUUCAAAAACAUUUGGGCCUAUUUGAUCACACCAGCUGGAUAUUUUGCAAUGGACGCAGUGACUUCCUUGGGAAUGAAAAACCUUGUGAUGAAGACACUUGGAUUAGAACUAAAAAGAAGUAUCUUAAGAAAGCCAUUUCAUUUAUCUGUGAUGAAAUCCUUCCUAAGGGAUCUUUUGUGGUACUUUUCCUCCUCUUAUCACCUGUGGAGAAGCCAAUUGUAGACACCUUCCAGGAAUUCUAUACAGAAAUGAAUGGCAUGGAUUAUAUCAUAUGCAUUGCAGAGUCCAAAGAAAAUUAUGAGAAGUGGGCUAACCUAGCUCAGGCAUCUUGUAAUAUUGAGACACUAGAACAGAGAAGCAUUGUUGGCAUGAAGCUAAGUCACGUAGAUGCCACUAUUCAAAAAAUGCUGCCAUCCGCAAUACGUCCCAGACAUUUACCAGUUUCCACAAAAGGUCUGUGUGUGCUUCCAACUCUGGAAGAAGAAAAAAUGUCUUCCCUUGAAAUACUGUGUGCAGAUCAAUGUGAUGAUAUCAAACUGGAUCUUCUGAGCACAAAAGAAAUACAAGAGAUAGAACGAACAUUUUACCAAGGUAGAAAAGUCAGCUGGAAAAAUUUCUGGCUUGCUGAUAAAGGGAGCUGUGGAGAAGUCAUUGAGCGGGAGGCCUGUGAAGAGGUUCAUAAAAUUUUAGAUGAUAUUUUACAUGGGAACAGAAUCAGGUAUUCUGUGGCUAAACUAAAAAUAUUUCAUCAACCUGGAAGUGGAGGAAGCACCAUUGCAAGGCAAGUACUAUGGAAAAGAAGAAAGGAUUUAAGAUGUGCUGUGGUCAAAUCCUCAUAUCCAGUUGCAACUGUCUCCAGGCAUGCAGUUAAUUUUAGAGAAUAUGAUGAAAAUGACAUGAAGAAUUCUCUCCCAGUCCUCCUCCUUGUUGAAGAUUAUGAUGAAGAUUAUCUGGAUGAAUUAAAAAAUGAUUUAAUGGAUGCAAUGGCAGCUCGAAGAAGUCAUUUUUCCAAGCCUUGUUUCAUCCUCUUGGGCUGUAAACGAUCUAAUGUCCCUGAAAAGCUAUGCAAAGCUUCUCCCCUCGAUACAGUUGCCGUCACUCACAAACUGACAGAUCAAGAGAAACGCUUGUUUAAAACCAAAAUAGAAAAACUUAAAAAGCAGAAAGACUUCAAGCCUGAAUUUAUUCUCACGUUUGUCCUAAUGAGUGAGGAGUUUAAUGAAACAUAUGUGAGGGAGUUUGUAGAGCACCUCCUGCAAGGCAUAGACCUUUCUUCCCCUGUUACUAAUUUAAUGAAGUAUGUUGCUCUGCUCAAUUUCUAUGUACACAAUUCAUACAUUUCAUUAUCACACUGUGAAGCUUUUCUAGGGCUGGGGGCAUAUACAGAAAAGAGAGUGAGAGAGUAUGAUUUCAAAAAUAACUUAAGUGAACAGGCAAGAGUUAUUUUUAUUGAAUUAAGAGAAAAUACCACCUGUAUUUCAUCUGUCCAUAUCAUACAUUACUUGGUUGCAAAAGAAAUUCUGCAUCAGCUCUCAGGAAGUCAGCCUCAGAGUCAAAUUGCAAUGAAACUUCUUCAGGAAAAAGUGCUUUUAAACCAUAGAUUUGGAAGAGAAGAGUUCACAAAGUUCAUCAGAGAUUUGUUUAUGCGACGCGACAAGAAGAGCAGGGGAGACAAUACUGACAGCCUCUUCUCUCCAUUCAUUGAGCAUGUCUGUAAAAUUGAAGAUUGUGAAAAAGCUAUAGAGGUUUUAAAAACUGCCUAUGAAUGCUUGGGAAAAGAUGCCUUCUUUGCCCAGCAACUUGCUCGACUGCAUUACAAUCAUGAAAAAUUUGAGGAUGCAGAAUAUUGGGCAGCGGUGGCCAAAUCUCAUUUGCCAAAUGAUUCUUUUAUUUUGGAUACAGAAGGUCAAGUGUACAGGAAAUGGUUUAGUUUUACUGUGGACAAAAAGAUGUAUGAGGCUACUCCUGGUGGAAUCAUUCAGAUGAUAGAAAUUGCCCUUAAAGCUAUGAAAUGCUUCAGGGCUGCACAACAGGCUGCAAAGUCAGAGAUAGAUAGUAUGAACAAUGCUGGAUAUUUUGGAGAGGUUGAAGUGGGAUGUCGUCUACUAAAACUCCUGUCUACACUUGAGGUAUUUCCCAGAAACACACAAGGGGAACAUCCUGAGCUUGUGCGUUAUUUGCUAACAGACUACAUUCCUGAGGAAAUUAAAAAACCCUGGGGAAAGCUUCACAGUCGUUUAAAAGGCUUACACCAGAACAUUUAUAAUGCUCUGGACUGGAUUUCAGAAGAUUUAAGUUAUUUCCAAACAGAUAAAAACCAGGAGAAACAAGAUGAGGAUGCAGAGGAGGAGAAAGAAGAACAAGUUUACAAACCCAGAAAGUGGUUGAAAAGGCAGUCUGAGGUGUAUGCCAAAUUCUUUACCUCAGAAUAUCCUAUGGGAGAAAACAAUGCAGAACCCGAAACUCAACUCAUCAGACGUAUGAACAUUUAUAAGUAUGGUGGUGGCAGUGUCACUACUAUUCUUUCAUUUUUUACAGAUUCAAAGGAGAAGAGGUCAGUUGAAAAGCUAGAAAAAAUCAUUAAUUUUUACCCAGAUGACCCACAGAAAGGCAGGCUAGAGGAUAUUGAUCUCAUCAAUUACAUUUUGUGUCACAUCACACUAGCAUGUUUAUCUCCUGGAUCUUCCAAACUUCUUCCUUUUCAAACACUUAGAGAACUCAGCAAUAGAUUCUUUAAACAGAGAAGAACAGCAUUUCCAGCAAGUGCCCAUUUUUUGCUCACCUUACUGUACUGGCCUGAUGAUGCAUUAGACAAAGAACCUAAUCCAGAUAAAGAUGAUAUUCUCAUAUCAGCUCUUCAGACUAUGAAACGCAUGCAUGACAUCAAGGUGAAAAAUAUUGCUCCAAGAAAGAAAAAAAUCUACACACAUUUUUUCCUGGGAAAGGGCAGUGGUCUAAUAAAGAUUAUGCACAAGACUAGGAUUGAUAAAUUAAUUGAUGGCUCUCUAAAUGAUCGACGGAUGAAGUGGCAACAUGGUGAUGUGUGGAAUAUAGGCAAAAUACGUGAUGUUCUAAGAAGGGUUUCAGGUUGGACAGAGAAUGGAAAACUGUUUGUACAGGGUCAUGUUGGACAGAUUCAUAUUGUAGCUUUACAUUAUGAUUCCGUGCCUCAAGGAAAUGAAAAUGUGACAUUUUAUUUAGGAUUUUCAUUUAACGGGCUUGUUGCCCAUGAUAUUCAAGUCAAUAAGUAAAGAAAAAAACCUCUUCCAUAGAGUAAGGUACUUGGGUGCAUUAAAUUGAGAGUAGUCACUGUACUGUUCGAAAACUGUGCUAGUCUUGUUACAUUCAGAAAACAUUGUACAAGAAAUCAAACUGUAUGACACACAGGAAAAAAAACCAAGCCCAAAGAAUUGUGGGGAGAAGUAUAAUAAGCCUGCUUCAAAAUCUACAAAGUUUGGAAUCUUCUAUUUUAGAAAACCUGCUACCAUGAAUCACAGUGACUGAAUAAUUAUGGGUCCAUUCACUUUAAGUUUGUUUUAUCAGUGGAAAAAAAUUCAAGUGCGCAACUCACUAGUAUAUUAGUUACUGGUAAAACUAAAAAAAAAAUGCAAGAGAGAGAAUGAGAAACCAUCGAAGAUCAUUUGGCGUUAUGAGGCCAAAUCCACCACAAGACAAAGCAGGUGGGCAGGAAAUGUAAGCAUUUGUUUACAAAAAAAAUUGCUGUACUUCACAAAUCAAAUUUUUUUAAGAACAGGUAAAGUAGGUGAAAUAGUGGCUAAUCUACCGUGACAGCUUUCUUUUUAAAUAUAUUAAUAGUUUGAAGUAAAAAAAAUCCCUAAGCAUCAUUACAAUUUUUCAGUUUGUCUAAAGUAAGACACUAAACAUGAGCAGUUCUCACAUUGCUAAGUUAUGUUUUGUAGAAAGGGCACUGACUGAUACAUCACCUUCAUGUUAUGUGGUUUAGGACAUGACUUAUAUGUUUACUGAUUCCAUAGUCUUAUUUGAACAUGAAUCCUUUAUUUCUAUUAUCAUUUACUAAUGUUGAAAAGGCAAAGCCCUCAUAUAAAUAUCUUUACUGCACUAGUUCAUUUUUAAUAACGUAUAAUAAAGUAACAAUACAUUA